GAGUGCUGGUCUUAAUUUUAGCUUGGAGGCCAGCCACGGAGGCUUUAGAGAGAGGCAGGCUGGAGUUAUGUGGGACAGCUGUCAUCUGGCAUGCUGGGUGGGGCCUAUUUAGCCGGCAGGGGCACAAGUCUGAGGACACUGAACUAGUGUCCCUGCCCCAAGCCUUUCCCUCCCCGGGUCCCCCGGCUCCACGAUGAUGGCCGAAGAGCACACGGACCUGGAAGCCCAGAUCGUCAAGGACAUUCACUGCAAGGAGAUCGACCUGGUGAACCGAGACCCCAAGAACAUUAACGAGGACAUCGUGAAGGUGGAUUUCGAGGAUGUGAUCGCGGAGCCCGUGGGCACCUACAGCUUCGACGGCGUGUGGAAGGUGAGCUACACCACCUUCACCGUCUCCAAGUACUGGUGCUACCGCCUGCUGUCCACGCUGCUGGGCGUCCCGCUGGCGCUGCUCUGGGGCUUCCUGUUCGCCUGCAUCUCCUUCUGCCACAUCUGGGCGGUGGUGCCCUGCAUUAAGAGCUACCUGAUCGAGAUCCAGUGCAUCAGCCACAUCUACUCGCUCUGCAUCCGCACCUUCUGCAACCCGCUCUUCGCUGCCCUGGGCCAGAUGUGCAGCAGCAUCAAGGUGAUGCUGCGGAAGGAAGUGUAAAGUGGCUGAAGCCAGGGCCGUGGCCGGGCAGGGGGAGUCAGGCCAGGCUGGCCCCUCGGCACUGCUCCAGGGGGGCCGCUGGCGAGCUCUUCCUCUGUAGGUACUGCUAUUUCCCCCCAAGACGGGAACACAGAGUUUAGGGGAACCAGAGGAAAAGAGAGCCCCGCCACAGAAGCACAGUAACCCUCCACUCUGCCCCCGCCCCCCCACAAUGCCCCCGUGACCAGGCACGUGGAAAGAUCAUUUGCUAAGAGGCAGCUACUGCAAGUCUUUGCAUUCACCUGUACUGUAACAGCACAAACCGGCACCCCGUUCCCGCCGGAGUCGACCUGUCCACACACGCCACCCAGGAGGCCACC